GGCUGACAUGCGUCACAUCACAGGAGCACUUACCCCAGCGACUCGAUAAUACGCUUCCGUGAGUUAUAGUCAACCGCCACCAGGGCGGAUACGAAGCGUGGCCUGGUUGUUGGCUUGGUCGCUUGGUACCUUUGGCACUUUGGAGGGCUGCCGUCUGCGGUUCUUUCCCGCUGCUGCUAUCAUGUCUGAGGACAAGCCCAUGGAUGAGGGCACGGUGUAUGGUGGCUGCGAGGGGCCAGAUGCCAUGUACGUCAAGCUCAUCUCAUCUGAUGGCCAUGAGUUCAUCAUCAAGCGCAUGCAUGCCCUCACCUCGGGAACCAUCAAGGCUAUGCUGUCAGGUCCAGGCCAGUUUGCAGAGAACGAGACCAAUGAGGUUAACUUUCGAGAGAUACCGUCUCAUGUGCUACAGAAGGUGUGCCAGUACUUCACAUACAAGGUGCGCUACACAAACAGCUCCACCGAGAUCCCAGAGUUCCCCAUUGCCCCAGAGAUUGCCCUUGAGCUGCUCAUGGCAGCAAACUUCCUCGACUGCUGACGCCACACUCACAAACAUGUGCUCUUGUUCUUCCACACAACCUGAGCCUCCCCUCUCCACUUAUUUUAUUAUAUUUGUCCCCCUCAAAUAAAGUUUUUCCUGCUGUGUUA